AUGUCAACAUCCACCCCAAAUCCCACUAUGGGGUCAUCUUUCUUUCAUCCUUUACUGCUUUUACCUGCAAUAGCUGCCCGGUGCGAGCUGCAGACGCAGUCAAGUUAUGCAAUGCCUGAAAGCGACCAUGAUUCUGUGAUCCCAGCGCAGCUGUCGUAUCUCGCCAUCUACAAUCCAACCCUUGGACCUACCGACGAGACGAUAGCGGAUCAGAUCGUGUUCUAUACUUCGCAAUCAAGCCAUGAGCGUGAGAACUCUAGACUCAAGGCAGAAGGCGAAGAGGCAAGGGAAUUGGAAAAUGAGAAACUGCGCCAGAUCGGCCUGGCGCAGGGUUUGGUAAACUUUGCUAGUAAUUUCUCCGACGGAAAGAAGUUGGAAUAUGUUGAAACAGACAAAGCACGGGUUGUUACCCUUGAAAUAGAGAAGGACUGGUGGGUUGUUGCGUCUAUCGAUCUCACCCGACUGCCCGCCGAUCCAGCUCAAAGUUCCGCGUCUGACAAAACCCCGACAUUUCAAUAUUCGUCGCGAGAGAUGACACCGCCACCCCUACUGAUCCAGCAAAUACGUCGCGCGCAUUCGCAAUUCCUCCUUCAUCAUGACUUUACAAUGGACGGACUCUUGAAUCGAGUUGGCAGAUCCACAUUAUGCAUUUUUCUUGAUCGUUUUUGGGAUAAAUUUGCAUGGAACUGGGAGCUUUUGUUGACCGGGAACCCAAUUGUGGAGAUCUACAACGGCAUCAAACUCUCUGCUGGAGGAGAGUUAGGGAUCGGCGUUGGAGAGGAAGAGUGGGGCAGCGGGGAACGAGAAGUACUCGAAGACUUCGUGACAAGGGCAGAGGGCUUGGUGGACUUGGUUGUCUCCAGAUUUGGCGAUCCUUCCCCACCGUUCGAAGGAUCUCCGGCUAUCACCAACUCCAAUGAUCAACGCCAAUGGCUUGGAGCAGAUAAUGCCCCUCGACCAUCUGAUGGCGUAGUUUUCACGGGUAUGGGUGCUCUUUCUCGACACUCACUGGCACAUGUAUCACACUGGAUGGAAUGGAUCUAUCGGUUUGGGGAUGCUGCCUAUGGAGUUGGGCGGGACCCAAGCUCACUGCGUCGUCGCAAGCCACGAAAACAACGGGGAAGGCAACCUUUCGGAGAUGAUGCACAGCCCUCCACGUCUGACCGUAGCUUCACGCCCGGUAUACCUCGUCCGCUUAUAAUAGGAACACCAGAGCCGGUUCAAGAAGUUUCCAAGCCGGAUCACGCAGAAGCCCGAGAUAAGCCUUUGCAGGUCAAACCCGAGCAAAAGUUUGACAAUCUCGGAUUCCCCACAGAGACGGUCAUGAAAUAUCUUACUCUUGGAUAUGGUUCCUCUUGGAGUUUCUCCCCCAAGUCGACAUCUAUGUCACCUUCCGGUGACCUCACCCCAGUGCAAAAUGGAUCUGUUUCGAGUUCAAUCCCGAAAACUCAACCUACGAACAUUGCCCAACUUGCACAGGCAGACGAAAAUCACCGAAAUGACACAAGAAUCGAAUCUUCGGGCCGCUUCAUUCUAGGACCUCGUGAUGAUCUACAAGCAUUGGAUGAUUUCGAAGAGGGAAGCCCAGAGCCCGAGUCCGAGAACGGCAAACCCAGAACUCGCAUAGUGCAUAGAACUUUAUAUGUCCACCUUGGUGGGACAGAUACAACACCGAAGAAGCUUCAGGCGGUGAUAUAUGUGCACCAACCCUUCAUGUUCACAUUCCUGUUCGACCCUCAAACACCUUCUUUAUCAUCGCCAUCCCUCUACUCGAGCAUGCAUCAUCAGCUCGGCCCUCUCCAAAAGCCACUGCUGUCAUCUACCUCCCCAACAGCAGCGGCCUCUCGAAUCUCUAUAUCCGAAAACUCAGACCCCAGCAAACGCUUCACAACCCGCACCCACCCAAUUUACGACCUAGUCUACGACCCAUCAAACCUAACAAUCCGCUCCUCAAUCCCAAAUAUUCCCACCCUCAACAUCCCCCAAUCCCCUCAACCGCCCCGAUCGCCACCUCAAUCCUCCUCCCCAUCACACUGGUCCCGCAUCGAAAGUCUAGCAAUCCACCACCGCCUGUUAUCAACAUACACAGACACCCGCUCUCGCCCCCAAGAACUCGAACGCACAAGCAAGACCAACCGCGGGUGGUGGGUCGUCUGGGUCCGUAUCCCCGCCCAAGCCCCAGCUCUCUCCACAGCCUCUUCCUCGCUAGCGCUGUCGUCCAUGGUCGAUGAUGGCUCAUUCACAAUAUCUCAAGCCCCCCAGGAGGCAUUCAUCGUCCGCAAAGCGAGCGACUAUACCUCCUCGACAGGCCAGGGGCGUGUCAGCAGUGGCGCGCGCUUCUUCCGUGAUCUCGGCGGUGCAUCUUCCACAGGUCUGACGUACCGUGCGGAUAUUGCGCCUUCCAAGUUGGUUGAGGGGCUUGGGAUGGAUGCUAGGAGGUAUAUCGAGGGGCUAUUGAGUUUGAAUCGGUAA